UAUCUCUGAUAUGUCACAGGAGUCUACAGAAUAACUGAUGAACCUGAAGUCUACAUUGACGUGGGGGACGUCGCUGAGCUUAAAUCUGUUUCAACUGAAACAGCUUUAACUCUCGGAGGAAACACAACUCUUACUGAAGCCAUGAAUCUCUUCUACAGCCUAGCAGAAGAGAGACCAAGUUACAAAUACACAAAAUUCCUUGCAGACCACAUCGAUUUGAUCGCUAAUGUUCCAGUCAGAAAUACAGCCACAAUCGCUGGCAAUCUCGCCAUGAAGCACGAACACAAUGAGUUUCCGUCGGAUAUGUAUCUCAUGUUGGAAGCUGCUGGAGCCACACUGAACAUUGCUGAGAAUGGAAAGAUUCUAGAAAACGUAAGCAUGACGGCCUUCCUUGAUAUGGAAAUGAAGCACAAAAUUAUCCACAGAAUCAAUUUACCCAAAUUGGAUGAAAACCAUUAUCUUACAACAUUCAAGAUUAUGCCGAGGGCACAAAAUGCCCAUGCUUACGUGAAUGCAGGUUUUCUGUUCAAAAUAUCAAUGAAUGAGAGUGGAAAAGUGUUGGAAAAGCCAAGGAUCGUGUACGGUGGCAUUAAUCCUCAGUUCAUCCAUGCUUCAAAUACAGAGUCCUACGUGAAUGGUAAGAAUUUGUUCGACCGCAAAGUUCUGAGAACUGCACUCAAGAUACUGGACCGAGAGCUUUAUCCAGACCACGUUCUGCCAGAUGCAUCGCCUGCGUACAGAAAAGGCCUGGCUGAGGCACUGUUCUACAAGUUUGUGUUGGGAUUGUCUCCACCUGAUUUACCAGGAAAUCUCGUUAGCGGCGGUAAACUCCUUGAGCGUCCAAUUUCCACAGGGAAGCAGGAUUUUGAAACAAACGAGUCUGUCUGGCCAUUGAAUAAACCAUUGCCAAAGCUGGAGGCAGUCGCUCAGUGUUCAGGAGAAGCACAGUAUGUGAACGAUAUCCCCAAAAUGCCAGGGGAAGUGUACGCUGCCUUCAGUCUGACUACAGUCGCCCAGGGAUACAUCGGCAAUAUUAAUCCAAGUCGAGCUCUGGAGAUGCCAGGGGUAGUUGCCUUCCUGUCUGCUAAAGACAUUCCAGGAGAAAAUUCCUUUAUCCCUUUGGGAUUAAUUUCACUGUUUGAAGAUGAAGAGCUCUUUUGUAGUGGCGAUAUAAAAUACGCGGGUCAGCCACUGGGUCUAGUGCUCGCCGAAUCUCAGGCUCUGGCCCACAAAGCAGCUCUAAAGGUGCAGGUGGAGUACAGCAACGUGAAGAAACCAAACAUUGACAUGAGAGAAAUCAUCGCUUCCGGUGACAAAACUCGAAUAAGAACAGAACGAGAGCCAGAAAAUGAGUCACAGGGUGAUUCAGAAGCCACGCACGUGAUUAAAGGCAGCUUUGAUAUGGGGUCUCAGUAUCACUACACAAUGGAAACCCAAUCGUGUGUCUGCAUCCCAAAUGAAGACGGAAUGGACGUUUAUCCCGCCACGCAGUGGAUGGAUCUGACACAGAUUGCAAUUUCGAAAGUCCUCAAUGUCCCUGAAAACAGUAUAAACAUCAACGUACGACGACUGGGUGGAGGGUACGGGGCGAAGAUUUCACGCAGUGCGAUGAUAUCCACUGCAUGUGCGCUUGGAGCUCACAUCCUCCAGAGACCAGUGAGGUUUGUUAUGAAUCUAGAAACCAAUAUGGCCGUUGUGGGCAAGAGAUACAGCGCGGCCUUUGAUUACGAGGUCGGAACAGAUGAUGAUGGAAAGAUCAAAUACAUGAAGACAAAUGUUUACGAGAAUUCCGGCUGUCACUGGAAUGAACCCGUCUCCUCAUCGACAAUAGAGCACAUGAAGAGCUGCUACGACUCAAGAACUUGGGCAGUGGCCGGUUUCAGCGUGAGGACGGACACUGCAUCCAACACGUACUGCAGGGCACCGAGUUCCACUGAAGGAGUUGGAUUUAUUGAGAAUGUUAUGGAACACAUUGCCAAGGUCGUUCAAAAAGAUCCAAUAGAAGUCAGGAUUAAAAACUUAAAACAGGAUGAUUCCACUAUGCGAAAUAUGAUAAAAGACCUGAAAGUGAGUGCAGAGUACGAGGAACGAAAACAUAACAUUGACGAGUUCAACAAGAAACAACGCUGGAGAAAACGGGGCAUUGCUCUGGUACCGAUGAUCUACCCGUUCCCGAUGUGGGGCAACUACUCUGCGAUUGUAUCAAUAUACGCCCAAGAUGGAACUGUAGCAGUCGCUCAUGGUGGAGUUGAAAUGGGUCAAGGUAUAAACACCAAGGUAGCUCAAGUGGUGGCCCACACUCUGAACAUUCCCUUGGAACUUGUGAGUGUAAAGCCAAGUAACAACGUGACCGCUCCGAAUGGCAUGGCUUCUGGAGGUAGCAUCACUAGCGAAGCCUGUGCAUAUGCUGCCAUGAUUUGCUGCAAAGAGCUUCUAGAACGCAUGGAACCAGCAAAAGAGGGCCUGAAGAAUCCAACAUGGCAACACUGGACUCUAGCCGCUUACCAACAAAACAUCGAUAUGUGCGCCACCCACAUGUUUACAUCAAAAGACGAUGUGAAGCCAUACGACAUUUACGGAGUGACAAUUGGAGAGGUUGAGGUAGACUUACUGACUGGUCAGCAUCAGAUUCUACGUGUGGACAUCCUUGAAGAUGCCGGUGAGAGUCUCAGUCCAGAAGUUGAUGUUGGUCAGAUUGAGGGAGCAUUUGUCAUGGGGUUAGGAUACUGGCUCAUGGAAUAUCUCACAUUCUCUCCAGAAACAGGGGAACUACUGACAAACAGAACUUGGAACUACAAGCCACCAGGAGUGAAAGACAUCCCCAUCGAUUUUCGAGUUCACUUGAGGAAAAAAGCACCGAACCCAUUUGGAGUACUUCGCUCGAAAGCCACUGGUGAGCCUCCAUUAUGCAUGAGCUGUGUAAUUCUGUUUGCACUAAGAAAUGCCCUACAUGCAGCUCGCCAAGAUGCCGGGAAACCUGAUGAGUGGUGCCCAAUGAAUUCACCAGCAACAACUGAAAAUAUAUUUCUCACAAGUCUCACGAACAUUGACUUGUUUUCCUUGUAAGGUCUUGCUUCGAUCGCACAUGGACUCUUGCUGAAAUCAGAAACCCAGUUACUGAGGUCAAUAUUGCACGGCCAUUAUCGGUUGACAGACAGAAGGCAAGAACUGGUUUACUAUGCAGACGCUAAAUGUAAAAGUUAUGGAACAAGUCAAAAUUACCAACAGGUUCGCAGCUUUCAAAAAACCGCAAGACAUCAGCUUGGGAAAGUUUUAGCACGAAUAUCAUAACUUCGGCGAAACACAGUUUACGUCACAGGAGUUAAAGCAUCAUAAAUAAUGAUUAACAAAUCACAGCUGAUAAAGAAUGCUCAAAGCACGCUACAUUACGAUGACAACAGAAAUCAGGCCGAAUGAACGGGCGUAAUCCGAACAAACCAAACUGAAAGUAUCGUUAUGACAGUAAUUCACAGUCAACUACAGUAUCACCGCCAAAAUAAUUAUGCCACAAACCAUAACCAUGAUUGCUUACAUGUAUUUAAAAUAUAUGAGAAUUUCUGGUUGAGAUAAAUUCUUCUAAGGCCUUGCGACGGGCUGAUCACUCGUCCAAGGAGUCCUACCAAAUGUCUAAUAGAUCGAGAAAUCUCCAAAAGGAGGCACCCAUGCUCCACAUAGGAGCGAAAAGGGUAUUAUUAUUAUUAAGUGUUCUGUCUUACGACAGGUCCAUUGCCCUGCCCAAAAAGAGCUCUCCAGUUUUCCCUAUUCUCGGCUUCUCGCUUUAAUUCCUGGAACGUCAUCUUCUUUCCUUGUUU